AUGAUCUCCCCCCUCCCUCCAAACGCCCGCCUCGUCAACAUCGGCACCCACUCCCUAGCCCUCUACACCCACGGCCCCGAACCCAGCAGCCCCACCUCCCCUGUCGUGCUCUUCGUCUCCGGCGUAGCCAGCGACGCCCUCAACUGGCAAGCCGUCGUCCGCCUCCUCCCCGCCUCGCUGCGGAGCUACACAUACGACCGCUCCGGCCACCGCAACUCAGACCCCUCCCCGCUCCCCCCCACCGCCGAGAACAUCGCGCUCGAGCUCGCCCUGCUAAUCGAGCGCGCACCCAUAACCAACCCGCUCAUCCUCGUGGGACACUCCUGGGCGGGCGUGCUCACGCACGAGUACUUCGCCCUCAAGGGCGUGAGCCAGGUCGCGGGGCUGGUCCUCGUGGACGCGAACCACGAAACGGCGCCGCUGGUGCUGGACGUCAACGACCCUGUGCUGUGGAAGGUCGCUGCCGAGGUGGAUGUGUACGCCGCCUGGGGGUUAGAGGCGACGCAUAAGUUGACGCCGCAGGAGUGGGACGCGUUCCGCGCGGCGGGGGCGACGGAGAAGCAUAAGCUGAUUGCGCAGCGGGAGGAGUCGGAGUACGCGGCGAGCUUUGAGGCGCUGCGGAAGAAGGGGCUGGCGGGCAGGCAGCCGAUUCUUGGGGACCGGCCGGUGUAUGUGGUUGUGGGGACGCGGAGCCGGGACUGGCGCGGGUUGUAUGCGGCGGGGGUGGCGAGGGGGAACGGGACGGAGGAGGAGAGGGGUUAUGUGAGGGGGUUGAUUGAGACGGUGGAUGAGAAGUGCGAGGGGCUGAUGAGGGAGUUUCUGAAGGUUUCGCGGAGGAGCGAGAUUGUGUUUGCGAGGGAGAGUGGGCAUUUUGUGCAGAUGACGCAGCCGGAUGUUGUUGUUGAUGGGGUGAAGUGGGUGUUGGAGAAUCAGCCGGCGUCUUCUUAG